AUGGAUUGUGCUCAGUUGAAAUCUAUCGUUUCCCUUGUGGAUUCUCUUGUACGUAAUACGCAAGUCAGAGAGUCACGCGUGCUGUCUUCAAAUCAAGUUCCUGCUCGUGCACCAUCCUUGGCUCCAGUCUCCAGCAAGUCUCUAACAGACUUCUCCAUCUGCAGUAUCCUGGGUCUAGAACGUGAAAUCACCCAAUCUCCCUCAAGUUCUGGUAAGUUAAGAGUUCCAUCUUAAGAUACUCGAGCCCUUAAUUAGUCAAGGGCAUCAUUUGGCAACUUUGACUAUCGAAAUAACUAUUAAAAGUCAAUUUUUAUCUUGUUGCCUUUCUAUUAGUUUAAUCCAUUUCAGAAACAAAAAAAAGAGAAAUACUCAGCUUUAGACGACGAUUUCUGUUAGUUACGAGAACCAGCCAUUAGAGCGGUUUUUGAUAAGAAACAAGUUAUGUAUCCAAACCGAAAAUUGUCCGUAGGAAUAAACAUUAAAACAUGUGUCUAUAUUUAUGUUGACUACUUGUAUUUAAGUGAUAUUAAGGGGAAAUAAUAGCUGACAUGUGUAAAACUAAAAUCCAAUUCUUCUUUAAUUUACAGAAUGCAACAGUGAUACCAGUCCGCCGUUAUCGCCUUACUCCGACUGCGCAAGUCCGCGUCCCAGCCACAAGGCAACCAGUCCACCGUUAACUCCUUACUCCGACAUCUCAAGUUCCAGCAGCGACUGUGACAGUGAGCCCGAUCCAGCUUCGACUCCAACUGAAUAUUCAACGAAGGAGAAGCGACAGCGCACGACCUUCUCACCUAUCGAACUUGGAGAGCUGGAAUUAGCAUUCAGACGGUGGCCAUAUUUGCUAAAGGAAGACGAGGAGGAACUGGUAGAAAGACUCGGAAUCACGGCUAAAAGUCUGAAGGUGAGUUUCUAUUUUUCAUGUUUCCUAUCGUGUACGUAAAUUUCAGGAGACAAUGAGCAUUUGUAACCUAAAAGGAAUGAAAUUUCAGUUUGGUUUGGUUCUGAUCAUUUUCGGUGUUACCGGGAAAUACUAAGAUGUAAAUGUUGAUCAAUUCAAAGCUCGGCAAUUGCGAUGUGAUUUUUCACUCCAGUCAGAAAACGUUUUGAAUACCAGUAGGCAUUUUUCGGACAGAAAGUUUUACUUCAUCUUAAUCAUCGUUAUUUUCCACGUUAUUUAUUUUUUAUCAAUCUUGUAUAAUUCUUAAGUAGUUGAACCUACAACUCAUAUUGCGAUUUAAACGUUAUUUUGAUGUCAGAAAAUGUUUUGGAAUUCAUACAAAUUAUUAAGGGUUCUGUGUGUUGUGUGAAAUAUUUUUGUUGUGAUUGCCUUAACUGAACUAAUAACUCCGCUUUUUUUCUCUUUCUUGUAGUAUUGGUUUCAAAACCGACGAGCCAAAUCAAGGAAACUGGAGAGAAAGAUGUCUUUCGUCUGUCAGACCAGCCCGUCAAACCAGUUUGUUAGCCGACCCUAUCCAGAUCACUGGAAACAAGGCGAACGAGUGUCCUGUGCAGCGAUGGAAAGCUACUUUAGAGAUAUAAACCAGAGAACAGUUGUCAGUCGUCAAUUCUCAGUCAAGUCAGACCGUGUACCCAAGUUCCACCCUGACCAGUUCACAAUCAGACCUGCUGAGCCCGCAAGACUACCUUACAGCCGUGGUCUCUACAGAUAUCAACCCUACUAA